AUGAAUUUCUUUGCGCGCAUCACAUCGCGGCCCCCAGAGCAUACUAAUACGAAUACUGCUGCUGGUUCCACGAGAACUCGAACGAAAACAAAUGCGAUCGUCAUGGGAAGAAAGACGUACGAGUCCUUACCGAAACAUUUACGGCCGUUGAAGAAGAGGGUUAACGUCGUUCUUUCGAGGGAUGAGGGGGGUGCUGUUUCAGAGGGCGUUAGGUUGGAUUUGGAGGGGAAGGCUGCUAAAGAGAAAGAAAAAGAGGAGGGAACUGUCCAGCCUCUACAAGAACAGGAUAAGCAGCAGGCACAAGAGCCUGUUACGGAUGCAUUCGUUUGUUCUGGGCUAGAUGAUGCUCUUGAUGUGCUGAAUCGGGUAUAUAAUAAUGCCUGCGGGAACGGUGAGGACAGAGACGAUGGAAACCUGGGCAAGAUAUUCAUUAUUGGCGGUGGAGAGAUCUACGCGAGCGCAUUACGAUUUGGACAAGAAUGGGGCCAUCAUUUGCGGAUUGUCAUGACGGUUGUGAGGAGGCGAUCAGCAUCUACAUCUGCCGAAACAAAUAACUGUAUCCGGUUGGAUACGGAUACGGACACAGAUACGGAUGUCCCUCUGCAUUUACAUGCGCGUGCGGAUGAUUCCCUGUUUGAGUGUGAUACCUUCUUCCCGCUUGAUGCGCAUCAUCUUACCCCCGAACAUGGCUGGAGGGAGGCCAGUGCUGGCGAGGUAUCGGAGUGGGUUGGUGAGAGUGUCAGUUCGGAAUGGAAGGAUGAAGGUAAUAUUUCGAUCAAGAUUGUGGGAUAUGAAAGGGUAUGA